ACAAGUCCGGGUCGUCAGUCAGCCGAAUAAGCUGGCAAGAGAGUAGUUUUAUUUAUAAUGAGAAGUCUGUCAUUCAAGCAUUAUCAUUAUACUGUAACCGGCAAAAUAGAUUUUUACUGGAAUCCAAGUGACGAUGGAAGUGGAAUUUUCAACGGUUGACAUCGAUGAUAAAAGUGUGAAAAAUAAUUUUUGUUAUCAACGCAACAACUACCAGUUUAACGAAUCUACGGAGGCAGAUCUCGAAUCUAAACAAACCGGGAUCGACUGCGAGGCUCAAGACGGGAGUGACUCGGAUGGUACCAACUAUACAGCAGGGAAGAAGAAAAAACGACGUAGAGGAAAACACAAGGGAGGGCUGAACCACCGCAAGUGGAAACCUUACAACAAGUUGACAUGGCCGGAAAGAAAAGAGUUGGAGGACCGGGAAACCGAACAGGCCAACAUAAAACGACAAAAGGCUUUUGCGUCGGGUCACCCUGUGGCGCCCUACAACACAACCCAGUUUUUGAUUGAUGAUCAUAUAAACUGCGAGGCUUCACCGGACUUGAAUACCCAUGUCGAGGAUGCUUCUAACGUCAAGCGACCCGGGGGUAAGGAUGGUUUUUUCGGUAGUGUGGGCGCCGACAGUUCCGACGAACGUUCGUACGAAUCUCCUCACGAUGACGAUGCAGACAUGUUUUUAGCGAAAGAGUUUUCCGAAACGUACGACAACAUAAACGCGGAGCGACUGCAGACUAUGACAAAAGAACAAUUGAUAGUCGAGUAUUUGACGAUGGAGAGAAAAGUGGAAAGUUUGGAACGCAAGAUCGCCGAAAACAAUGCGUCGAAGACACACAGUGACAGCUCUUGCAGCAGUAGUGCCAGUGGGGACGACGGGCUGAAUGAUAUACGAGGAGUAGAGCGAAUUUCUGAGGAAAUCAAACAACUAAGGGACGAAAAUAACGAACUAAAACAGCAGAUGAAUUGUCUGCAAGCGAGGAAGUAAACGCGGUCUCGACGUCAACACUUUUGUGAGCUUCGUUUGUUGACAUCCGAAACUGUAAAGACCAGCCUCUAUGGAGUUGACCGACCUUUGGCGUGGCAGUCUGGCCCAUUACUACAAUAGGGGUUAACAGGUGUUCUGAGAUCUAUAUUUGGACAGCUUUGCUGAGUGCUCAUAUUCUACAGUUUGACAAUAUUAUGGACAUUUCCAUGGUAACAAUAUACACUUAGUAGUUUUAAAAAAUAAUAACCAGUUAACCAAAACUUGAUAGUAUAUUUCAUGAUUGUGUAAACUUGAUCACCUGGUUACCCUGUGGGUCAUGUCUUCCAAAUUUGGCAAGGUUGUGUGACCACCUACAGUUCAUGUUGGGUUAUAUGCUAGCCUAUUGCUGUUGGUCAUAAUACAGAUACAUUUGUUACUGUUAUGGUAUUACUAAAGGGCAUUUUUAAUGUGUUGCGAUUUAUGAAUAUUUGAAAAGGGAAAGAAUUUGAUGUCAAGACUGAAAAGCAAAUUAUGUGCAUAAAAUGUUUAAUAUGUAUCAUUCCAAGACGUUGCAAUUUUAUCAUGUUCAUUUGUGAGAUUUUGAAUCUGGUCUCGUUUAUUAAAUGUCUAAUGUAAGUCAUUUUUUGCAUUUAUAGCAAAUUGAAAUUAUUUUUCUAUGAAUUUAUAUGCACAUAUUUGUGGACUUUUUUUGCCACAGUCUUUCCUUUUUCAACUGAAGUGACACAAAAGUUCUAGCGAUUAUUUUUAUCCUUGUUACUUGGUAUUGUUCCGAGAAAUGUUUGUUUUAAUGUGAAAAAUGCAACCAUUUACAGUUGCCAAAAAAAAGUAAGAAAAAAAGCAACCAAAAAGUGCAACACCAAAAUUUACAGUAAACUUACCAAGUUGCACUCAGGAAGUUUGUACAAGUACCAGUGAUUUUUUGUUUGUGUGCUGGUAUCUGCAUCAAUUCACUGCCAUAUUAAAAACAAAUAUGGCCGCCAUUAAUUUGCAUACUUGUGCUAUAAGCUUGAGCUAGGCAAAAAUUAAGAAUAGUGUUGGCAAUUUGAAGAACUGUUUGGAAAUAUGUUGUCAAUAAUGUUGCUGGAUUAGUAUCCAUAAAACUGGAUAUUUCCAUUUAGUCUGGUCAGAAUAUUUGUGCAAAAUGAACUUGUGUUGCAAACAUUUGUGAAUAUGUUCGUGUUAACAAAAUCUAUGCAUUUAAAUGAUUUUGCCAUUUAAAGUGAGAACUUUUCUUGUGAUAUAUUUGCGUCUUUAAAAUAUCUUUGACAUUUACCUAAAACUGUUACAAUUUAAAAGUACAACAAUUUAGGUUUUGAAAAUGGAUGGUAAGUAGUUAUAAAAUACAUCUUUGCAGUGAUUUACUUAAAAUUUAUAUUUACUGUUACAUACCUCCUGGUUUAAUGCAGGGAUAGUUCUACUACUCGCCAAAUUCGCCAGUUGUGAAUUUUAGGAACAAAUAGCGAAUUUUAUUUUAAUUUGGCAAAAAAAAAUUCAAGUAAUAAUUGGUGUUUUGUUGGAAAAUAACUGAGUUUUGCAGUUGUUAAGAUAAUUUGGCGAAGUGGUUUGCACACCCUGUAAUGGGAGUUAUCGGGCUCCUCUACGCGCCUGAGACGUGUUCAAGGAGAGUAUAGUUCCUCUUAGCAAGUGAAUUUUAUUUGCUUAUAAUAUGAUUAAAGAAUUGAAUAUCCAUGCUCACUAUAUAUAUAUAUAUAUAUAUAUAUAGUCGCCCAAACAGGACAUUGAUAGCAUUUAGCAACCAAGUCGCAGGCCUUUUCGAGCCCUGUGUAUGCAUGGUAAUAUCUUAAGUGACUCCCCAUAAUAUAAGAACAUUGCGAAUGAUUUGGUCGCAUACGUGACAAUUUUUUCCCAUUUGGCGACUAAAACAUUUCAUACUAUAUAUAAAAAUAGAAGUAGGCGCCAUUUGGCUCCUAGAUGGAAAAGUUAUCGUAGCUGGCUGUAAGAGGAACAAUUAAAUGCUUCCAACAGGUGGGUUUUUUUUCCCUGCCAUGAGGUCUGAAGUUUUUAAAGCAAGAUUUUUAACCGUUCUUUCUUCAUAAUUGGUAAUACAUGUAACACCAUUGGUAAAUAUCAGCAAUGGUCAUUAAAUAUUGUAUUAAAUAUGCCAGUUAUUAUUAAAAAUAAGUUGUAAAAAUGCUUGAAAAUAAAUUAGUCGAGGACUUUUAUAUCAAGUUAAUGCAAGUGUUGUUUACAGAAUUAAAUUAUAAUUUGUAUGUUUUAAAAUAAUUUUUAAUCUAUUUGCCAAGAUCUAAUUGUCUUGCUUUUUCCAGCAAAAUGUGUUUAAAAUUGUAUAGCGGUAUCCAAAAGUGUUCUAUACAAACUAAGCAUACUGUGAAUGAGUGCUCUUGGUGAGGAAAAAAAUAAAAAAAUAAAUUUAAAACAUC